AUGGUCUGCAAAAUCAGGUGCAUGAAGGAUUUUCGCAGACAUAUCGCCGCGUUGAACCUCUGCUUGAAGGAAAAGAGGAAGAUCGCGGAAGCCCUGGAUUGGUUGCGUUCAACGGACUACGGGUCACUACAGAGUGACCACCUCAGCAAACGACACCCAGGCACAGGGCAGUGGUUUCUUGAGUCUACCGAAUUUCGGCGUUUCCUUGACGAAGACAGGCAAACCUUGCUCUGUACGGGCAUACCAGGGGCGGGGAAAACAAUUCUUGCCUCUAGUAUUGUUGAUCAUCUCCUUACAAGAUUUUACCAUGACCCGAGCAUCGCUAUCGCCUACGUCUAUUGCAGUUACCAGCGAAGCAAUGACCAAAAUGCCCACCACAUGCUUGCCAGCCUUCUUAAGCAGAUAAUUCUCAAGCGUUCUUUGCUACCAGACGACGUAAAGGAGCUCCAUCUGCGACAUAGGAAACAGGGGACCCGACCAUCCGCCCAUGAGAUAUCCAUCGCAUUGCAGUCAGUAGCCGCCACCUAUUCAAAGAUCUUUAUCAUUAUCGAUGCGCUUGAUGAAUUUCACACAACUGAUUGUUCCCUUACAACGUUCUUGUCAGAGCUGGUGUCAUUACAAAAGAGAGCGAACGCCAGCAUCCUUGUUACCUUUCGAUUCGUCCCCCAAAACACAGACGCGUUUGACGCAAGUCCAAUCCUACAAGUCCGUGCCCAUGAAUGGGAUUUACGCAAGUACGUAGAAGGCCAGAUGGUUCGACUGCCUAGAUUUGUCGCUCGCUGCCCAGAGCUCCAAGAUGAGAUCAAAGCCGCGGUCACCAAAUCUGCCGACGGCAUGUUUCUCUUAGCGUAUCUGAACGUCAACAAUCUGGUUGGACAGCAAUCACCGAAAACAACACGCGCUGCUUUGAAGAAUCUACCAACAGGACCCAAGGCAAUUCACAAGACGUAUGAUGUGGCAAUGGAGCUUGUUGAAGCGCAAAUAGGCAACCAGCCCUUGCUUGCCAAAAAGGUCCUAGCCUGGCUUACAUGCGCACGACGGGCUCUCACAACCAAGGAGCUCCAACACGCGCUUGCAACCGAAGUGGGUGAGAGUAAAUUCGAUGAACAUAAUCUACCACAAUUGGAUGAUUUGGUUUCAGUAUGUCGCGGGCUUGUCACAGUUGACCACGAAAGCCACAUCAUCCGUUUAGUUCACUACACAACACAGGAAUACUUUGAACGGACGCAGAAUAGGUGGUUUCCUGACGCCCAUAAUGCGAUUACAGACACUUGUGCCACAUAUCUAUCGUUUGACAUAUUUGCGAGCGGCCGCUGUGCCGACUCGUAUGCGAUCCAACAACGACUGAAGCAUAGCCCGCUAUAUUUGUACGCGUCAUACAACUGGGGAUACCACGCAUGCUUAUCGUCCGCUUCCUGCGAUAGCGUGAUCAGGUUUCUCCAGAAAACGGCCCAAACGGAAGCCGCCAGUCAGAUCUUAUUCGCUAGCAAGGUGGGCCCGAUCGACCUGCUAUAUCCGCUCCACCUGAGAGGUCGCCGCUUGGUCAAAAUCGACAAAGAGGUGAUGCUUGAUAGAGACGAAGACGUAAUGGAAGCCACAGGCCUUCAUUUAGCAGCAUAUUUUGGAGUUACAGGGGCAGUUCAGAUCCUUCUCGACCGAAUGGAUAUCAAUGCUCGGGAUUCCAAAUGGCGAACACCGUUGUCGUAUGCCGCAGAGAGUGGCCGCGUCCGGGCAGUUGAGCUGCUUCUAGAGAGGAACGCAGACCUCCACCUACCGGAUAUCAAUGGAAACACGCCGCUGAUAUAUGCAGCACAAGCUGGAUUCCAGAAAACCCCCCGAGACGCUCUCAUUCUUCUUAAGAAGGACCCAGAGGCGACCACCCAUCCUGGCGGCUGGCUAACCGUAUUCAACUGGGCAGUAGAGCAUAGCCAUCAAAACCUUCUCAGUGUCCUUAUUGAGCUAGGACUAGCACAUGACUCAGAGGCGCAAACCGGGCAUAGACGUUCGGCUAUAUUGAAAGCGGCUGAACACGGCAAUGAAGCAGCAGUAAAAUUACUGCUUGCUGCAGGUGCAACUGUCAACACGGAAGCCAUCGUUGGGGUCUCGCCCUUAUCACUUGCAGCGCUUAAUGGACACCAGGAUAUGGUUUUGCUGCUUCUUGAGAAUGGCGCCGAAGUCAAUCAGGAACUCGAACUUGGCCGAACGCCUCUGGUGUCUGCGGUUCGCUCCGGCAAUCCAGGCGUGGUGAAGGUGCUUCUUGGUUACGGCGCGGACAUCGAGGCCGAGGAUCAGAACCACUGGACCCCAUUAUCCCAUGCCAUUGAUAAUCGUAAUUCAGCCAUAGCAGAGUUACUCUUGGUGAACGGCGCUAAUCCUAACUUCAUGGUUACCAAUGGGCGAACGUUGCUAAUGUCGGCAGUGGCCAAUGGGGAUCGAGAGAUGGUGAAUCUCCUACUCCAAUAUGAGGCUAAUAUCGAUUCCCAAGACAGCAAUGGCCAUGUGACAUUGUACUAUGCUUCUCGAAACCACCGCCUUGAAAUGGCCAGACUACUAUUGCAUGAGGGCGCGAAUCGCGAAGCAAAAGAUAAAAAUGGCCAAACACCCUUGAUACACGCCGUAGUGGAAGAGCAGGAGGAGACUGUUCGACUACUUCUUGAUCAUGACGCCCAGUAUGAUGCUCAGGGCUUACAUGGUCGAACCUCUCUGUCGCAUGCUGCUGGACAAGGGAAUGAGACUAUAGUCAGACUCCUCCUCGAGAAAAAUGCCAUGUUCGAUUCAAGGGAUGAUGAUGGCUACACGCCGUUGGCUAGAGCCAUUAUGGGUGGGCACAUGAACGUCGCAAAGCUGCUCCUGGAUUGUCACAAGGACACUAUUUUGAUUGACGCUUCUCAAAGCCAAGCCUUUCUUGCGUGGGCGGCGAAGACCGGAGAUGUUGUCGUGGUGCGAUCUCUGUUGCAGAAAGGAAUAAGCGCCAAUUUAAGAACAGGCGAAGGUGGCCAGACUACACUAAAUUUGGCUGCGGAAGAAGGGCAUACUGCAGUAGUGAGGCUGCUUCUUGCGAGAGACGCCGACCCAGACGUGCCGGGUAGACUUGGCCAGACGCCACUGAUCCAGGCAGCAAAGGAAGGGCACGAGAAGGUGGUCAGACUACUCCUUGAGACGGGCGCCGCGGUGGACACAGCGGAUUGGGAUUGCCGAACGGCACUUCUAUAUGCUGCAAAAGGAGGGCAUGAUGGAGUGCUCGAGCUCCUGCUCAAGCGCAAAGCGAACGUAAAUUUGGCCGACCAGAACGGUCGAUCGCCACUAUCGUGGGCGGCAAUGCAUGGACAUGAUACCACUAUAAUAAAGCUCCUUGCCCAUGACGCCACUGUCGAUCAUAAGGACCACAGCUACAAGACUCCGCUCGCGUUCGCGUCGCUGAAGGGCCAUGCGUCUACAGUCCAACUUCUGCUGAGACGAGAAGUGAACAUCGAAUCGGAAGACGAAUCGGGCCGUACACCGUUGUUUUGGGCAGUUUAUUGGAACAGCAUAGCAACCGCGCAAGUGCUACUCACCAAUGAAGCCGAUCCACGGCGGCGGGAUAGAUCUGGCCGGACCCCCCUCGCAUGGGCUGUGGAACGGGGCCAAGCGACAAUGGUGAACGUCUUUCUCGACCACGACGAGACGUUGGUCAACCAAGAUGAAUAUAGGACACCUUUUCUCCUAAGUGCAGCCAAGCAUGGGCAUGCAGGCGUGGCCCAGAUCCUUCUUGAGAAAGGUCAGGAUGUGGACUUGCUUGAUCUUGAGCACGGGAGGUCAGCGCUGUGGUACGCUGCGGACGGUGGGCAUCUAGAAGUGGUGCGGCUCCUUCUUGCCAGUAAUGCGACGAUAGACUUGCCCGAUAAUGAUAGUCGUACACCAUUGGCGAGAGCUAUGGGGAAGGGCCAUAGGGCAGUUGUGGCUCUUCUGGCAGAACACACAGAACGGUCUAUUGCUGAAGUUUCAGCCUCGAGUUCUUUCGACAUGCGGCUUUGGGAGUGAGGGUCCCAAUAAUCGGCAUUUGAGGGCAAUACAUUGCCUUGUGUUUUGUUGUUGUCUUUUUCUGUCAAGGAUAAUUCAUGCAACACGC